GGUAAGUAGACGUUCUUCGCGGCGUAAAGCAACAGAGACACGUGUGAUGGGUGGUAGCGGAUGCACUUGUGGUCUUCUGCCUUGCAUUUGUCGAAAGCGAAGCUGCGCCAGCUAUUCGCGGCCAACGCCACAUCGCAGUGUAUGAGCUGCAUGAUGAUGCCGUGUAUUUGCCCCACCGAAGAUGACACCACAAUGUUAGGCGAAGACGAAACUACAAGCGUGGAGGUUGCGAGCCCGCCGAUCUCGUACCAAGAUCGAGAUAUUGUUGACGAAGAGACCGAUGAGUAUGGGCGCGUACUCCUAGGUUCGAUUGCCAGUGAUAAGCAAGAGACGAGCGAAGGGUGUGUGUGGAUUGCAAAAGAGAUCAAACCCUUGCUGAAGCCGCACCAAGUGGAAGGCGUGCAGUUCCUACACUCGCACGUGGCUGCUGGCCGUGGGUGCAUCUUGGCAGACUACAUGGGGCUUGGCAAGACGCUGCAAGUUAUCACUGUUAUCUAUUCCUACAUAGCUGACGAGAUCGACGCUCGUAAGCGACGCAGCAUUGACGCCACGUCGCUUGGUGGCAAUACGAACAAAGCAGGCCUGAAGGAAGCAGGAGAACCUGACAAAAACCACGAGGAUGAGGAACCACCGGUGACGGUGCUGGUGCUGUGUCCGGCUAUUUGUUUACCUAACUGGGAUUCCGAGUUUCAAAAAUGGCUGGGUACCGACGCGCGUGCGCGCUGUCCUGUGCUAACGCUGGAUUCUUCCACAACAAAAGCGUAUGCUGCACUGCUGCAGGUGAUGAACCACCCGGAUAUUAUUUACUCAAAGCUCUGUCCUUCCCAGGGUGAUGGGUCCGCGUUGCUACUAGAAGACGACGAAUGCACUGACGCUCUGGACGAUUCGAGCGGCUGGGCUUGGGAGAGUGAAGAGCGUUUACAGGAAAAGCGACAGAUUGCUGCUGCUCAGAGGCGUAGGAAGCGCCAGAAACUCACGGACACGCAAAAGUCUUACGAGUGGGCGCGCUCUGUGAUCUUCGGCAACGACAGAGAAGUUGUUGUGCCUUCAGUGCAGCCUAUGGCAAGUGCGUAUCACACACAAGUGCUCGAAAACAGUGGUAAGAUGGCGGUGCUUUUGCGUAUCGUGGAAGAAAGUUUCGCUUGCGGUGAUAAAGUGGUCAUCUUCUCCCAGAGCGUUCCGACCUUGAAGGUCAUCUCCAAUUUCCUGCGUGCAAGUGCCUUCAGUCCAUCGCGUGUUGCUGACGAUGCUGCAAAUGAACGGAAGCGCUUAAAGAACAGCGGUCCUGCAAGCAAACCGAAGCGUCGUCGAGUAGCCCCGCGCCCGAAUCGUGACCCAGCAGGAAUCCUACGCAAGCGGCGAAACCAGGCUGGAGCUAAAUCAUCCCGUGCUCGCAAAACCGGCACCGUCGCUGCGGUGUCAAACGUGACAUCCAAUGAAUGGUUUUUGCAGAUCGACGGCAGCACACAUGGCUCCAAACGUAUGGAAUACAUUCAGCGCUUCACUUCGCCUGAUUCUCCAGUGAAGCUGCUUUUAGUGUCUACACGUGCUGGUGCAGAGGGCAUCAACCUCCACGCAGCGAACCGCCUGGUGCUCUUCGACGUUAGCUGGAAUCCCUCCAACGAUCACCAGUCAAUGUGCCGCUCGCAUCGCAUCGGCCAAGCCAAAACUGUGCACGUGUAUCGACUUGUGAGCACGGGCACGAUGGAGCGUAGGAUUUACGAGCAACAGAUGAAGAAGGUUGAUCUGUCCACUUCGGUGGUGGAUAGCCAUGAGCGCGUGGGCCCGAAGGAGCACGCAGUAGAUGUUUCGAGUAUGCCAGCAGCGGCAAAGGAAGAGGGAACGAGUCUGGUGCCAUAUAGUGGGUUCCUCCAGCCUCCCACUGAGACCGACAAAGAGCUCGUGGUGGACGAGGGCAUCGCUGAAGACGACGGCGUCUUGGCUUCGUGCGUCAAGCAGCUAGGCCGCUGGAUCGUGGGCGUUGAUCGCGUUCACGUGCCUGUGGAGGACGAGAAACAGGAUGUCGCUUAG